UUUAGAAUAAUAUUAAAUAAAAAGAAAUCCAUUUCAAAUGAAAUACAAGCGCACAAAUACAGCUCAUCAGCACAGAAAGAAGAUAACUCUUCCUCCUCUGAACCGGAAUGAGACCAGUCGAAUCGACGCAUCCCAGGUGCUUGAGCUUGAGCAGUAUAAUUUAGGUAACAAAUUACGCAGUACUUACAAUCCGAAAUAAGCACAAGAGCAGACUUAAUGGAAUCAUGGGCAAAAUUUCAAAGGAACUGGAUCAAAAACGUACAAGAAACAGUAACAGCAUUGAAGCCAGCAACAAGUACAUUGACCAGCCUAGCCAAAGCUCAAAUAAGAUAUCUAGCAAAAGCAAGUCAAAAUAAGAGCAUUUCUGAUUCUAGUGAUAGCUUCAACCCUCUUUCAAUCGAUGGAGAAAUCAAGAGAAAAAUCAUCAGGAAAAAAAGAAAUAAUGGCUUCAGCUCACCAUAUUCAGGGCAUGUAUUUGUCACAUUUUUCUUCUGAUUGUUAGAGAUCUGCACAUUCAUAGCUGUAUUUUGACCUUACGCAAUCUCUGACUUUGGAAUUGGAAUGGGCAUUUUUGUAAUAUUAUUAAUUUCUGUUGCUUAUUUGACAAUAUUUGGUCUGAUAUUGGUGACAAUGAAGAAAAAUCCAACAGAUCUUCUUUCAAUUACAACAAAAUAACAGGUAACUAUAUAUGUAACAAUUCUCAGA